AUGGCAGACCUGGAUGAAGAGGCCAUCAACCAGCCCCCUAGCUCAUCGCAUGACUCUGGUGCUAAUAUUGAUCAGGAUGUCUCUGACGAAACACAGGAUUUCCGCUUCUUGAGCAGCUUUGCUACACUGUCAGACCCCACACAGCCCCAGACACUUCCUCGGCGGGGAGACAAAGACUUUGAACCCAACCCAACCCUUCACCAAGCCAAUGUCCUAACUUCUGCGCGCAAUGCAAUGCACAAUGCUCUCUCUUACCCACGUCUACAUAACCCGAAAAGCCGAAUAAUAGGUAUCUACUAUCCUGAUGGUCUCCAGAGCGGCGCUUGUGUCUGUGUUCCCAACCCCAAAGGGCAGCAUUUCCGAACAAUGGCCCAGGCCGAUAGUUUGAAUCGCAUGUGGUUGCUGCCAGAAGAAGCGCUCUAUUUACUUGAGAGAGGCAGCCUGGACAUUAGGUGGCCGGCAGAGGAUACCUGGAAGAAAGGAAUACCAGAGACUUCUUCGUUUGAGCUGGAGGGAACCGUUCCUAUGAGCCUACAAGCUGCAUAUGCGUGUUUCCUUGGCCGUAGCGGUUUGACCAUGGAAAGAUUCUCAGUGUACUCGGGAUUGAGACGCGGAGGUUAUGUUGUCGUUCGCGCUGAGACUUGGGACGAAGAAGAUUGCACACCAGACCUUCAGACGCAAAAAGAAUCUAGGAAGCCGGUACCAACGCCCGCUCCUGGGAUUAUGAGUAUUUUUGCAGAACUGUUCAGAUCUAUAUUUUCCAUGAGAACGAAAGGGAACACCGCCCAUGGACCUGUCAUAGGUUUAGGGAUACAUCGAAGCUACAAUAAUAUCUACCGCUCUCUAUCCAUUAUACCUGCAUAUGAUCCUUCUCGCCCUGACGAUGAAAUUAACAAAACACCUCCAUCCUCUCCUUACAAAAUAGCCUUCCAUGUUUAUAAGCCCUCUACGCCAUAUAAGAAAUCCAACCCAGGCCCACCAGACUUUAGACUUGCUGUUGUCGAUGCCCGGUCGAACCCCGUUAUCCCCACGCUUGAGAAUCUAAGCGCUCUUCUGGCCAGUACUCCACAAGACCCGCCUCGCGGCGAGAAGAUGGAUCGAUUACUCUAUAUGCGUCUUCGACAUGGGUACCGAAACGUGAUACUAGCGGUAGUGGAUCAGGGAGUCGUUAGUUAUCUGCGUAUCAGCGACGCUGGGUUUAUGAAGGAGCCUUUACAUUCACAGAAACGGAACCUUGGGCCUGGCAAUAAAGGAGGCCGGCGCCCAUCUAACAAAAAGCGAUAG